AGAGUUACAAAUGUCCUCCAUCUCCGGCUCGGAUUGGCCCCAGUUCCGGGGGGAGGCAGGACCUCUGCUCAAACGGUUGGCGCGAGGGCUGUUCGGCUUGCUCGCUAUGGAGGCUGUACUGGAGCAGGUGGAGCAGCUGCCCGCACUCCUGGCCGGCUCCCGCUCCGCGCUGGUGCGGGACUGGGACUCCCUGACCUUGGUCCGAGCUCUAGAGUGGGCCCGGUAUUUCCAGCAUGUCCACGAUCGCUUCCGCACCCGGCCUCGGCUCCGGGAGGUCCUCGGGCGGCGGCUGCGGCGGGCUCAGCCGAGCCCUCCGCUCGGCUUCUCGCACCUGGGCCGCUGCCCACAGCUGCUGGGCCUGGCGCUGCUGGAGAACCGCGCUCUGCCGCCCACCGCCUGCCGCUGCCUGCUCCAUAGCUUGCUGCAGCUUCCUGGCGGGGAGGCCGGCCCGGAGCCCCACAGCCUGGCACUCCUUGCCCGCCGGAAAGCUGCCUCCCGGUUGCUGGCGCUGCCCAGCGGCCCGCCGCGGCCCCCGGCAGAUACGGAAGCGCAGCUGCAAGCAGAGGCACAGCUGCUGCUUGGCCGGCUGCGGGAGGAGAGGCAGGAGACCGAGCCUGCUGAGGAGUCCGCGGGGCCGCCGCGUUGGCUGUCAGCUGUGCUGGAGCAGCUCCCCAUGCUACGGGCCUUCGAAGUGGUGGCGGCAGCGCUGCUGGGGCAGGGGAACGGCCCUGACCAGGCUGGAGACGGGGAUCUGGCUGGGAACAGCCUAGAAGGAAACUGGGCGAGUGCCAUAGGAGACAAGUGCGUUGCCGGACCCCUGCUUUCCUGGCUGCUGGGGAACCAGGAGAGGUUCUCUGCCUUCUGCCUUUUCCUCCCAGGAUCCCUUCUUGCUUCCCUAGCUGGUCACUAUUCCCAGUUAAGCAGACCUUAUUUGGACCUCUUAACCGGCUGCGGAAGCCAUUUGCUCUAUGACCCCUUGCAGGGGCGGUGGGUUAUAAAUUGGCCUAACAAAGCUGCUUUGUCCUGGGAACAGUUGAGGGAGCGCUUCACCUGCCUUUGUCAGGGACCUGCAGUACUCAAGGGACAGACACAGGCUGCUGUGAAACUCCUGAAAGCACAAGAUGGGGACUUUCAAGUCCGUGGCCUAAGUGUGUGGACUGACUUACUUAUGGAAAUAGAGGAAUGUCUGAGGAAAGAUGCAGAAUGCUAAUGCCUGAAUGCAAAAGCAACAUGAACAUUUCCAAGAUUCAGGAAGUCUGCUUAACUUUGUUUAAUAUGAAACACAAGAAAACUGUACCUCUAUGGGUUGAAAGCCAAGCAUUGUUGUGACUGCUGAUCUUGCGUUCCUGACUGCAUGUGAACUCUCUCGGGGAAGCUUGGUACUUUCUUGUAAUUCUGCUGUUAAUUCUGGUCACCGCAGGAAAUGUCUUCAGUACUUGCUGUUCACCUAAUAAAAUGAAAAUGCUUUCCUUUUCA